AUGAAGACAACUACCUUUCUUAGAGCCGGCGUACCAGCUUCCCGCAGUCUUGCAUCCUCUUUCCCACGACCCGUCCGAACGAAUCUACGAACGUUUACUACUACACGACAAGCGUCCUCCGACAUGGAUACAGCGGCAUUCGGCGAACAACACAUUGCAAAGGGCAUUGGCCGCCUCACAAAGCAUGUCUUUGAAGAUGGCAAGGGCACCUUCAUCACCACAGACAAGGGCGUUAAGCUGCUGGACAUGACUGCUGGCAUCGGAGUCGUGAAUCUUGGUCAUUGUCACCCGAAGGUCAGUGCCGCUGCAGCGGCACAAUGCAACAAGAUUACCCACGCCCAAGUCAACAUUGGCUUCAGCUCCGCACAGAUCGCUCUUCUCAAAGAGCUGAUUCCAAUCCUCCCGCACGAAUCACUCGAUACCGUCUUCUUCUGGAAUUCGGGUGCUGAGGCGGUUGAAGCCGCCGUUAAACUGGCUCGUGCCGCGACGAAGAAGCCCAACAUCAUCGUCAUGCAAGGCUCCUACCAUGGCCGCACAAACGCCACUGCAUCGAUGACGAGAUCAAAGACUAUCUAUGGUGAGGGUCAUGGCCCACUAAUGGGCGGCGUCUUCGCGUCUGCGUUCCCAUACUAUAGCCAGUUUGGCCUCCCACCAGACACACCAAAGGACCAGCUCGUGAGCCAGGCACUGCUUCAGUUGAGGCUUACUCUGCAGCAGCAAACGUCUCCGGCAGACACCGCUGCUGUAAUCCUGGAGCCUGUUCUGGGUGAGGGAGGCUACGUCCCCGCCCCUCCAGAGUUCCUACAUGGUGUCAGGCAAAUAUGCGACGAGCACAAUGUCCUUUUCAUCGCCGACGAAGUCCAAUCUGGUAUGGGUCGUACGGGACACCAGUGGUUUGUCCAAGAGUCGGGCGUACGGCCAGACAUUCUUGUCUUCGCAAAGGGCAUUGCCAAUGGGUUCCCUCUAUCUGGUAUCGCCAGCAGCAAGAAGCUCAUGGAUCUCCAGAAACCCGGAUCGAUGGGUGGAACAUAUGCGGGCAACGCAGUCGCAUGCGCCGCCGCGACAGCAACAAUCAAAGCCUUCCACGAGGAAAAGAUUCUAGAUAACGUCGCUGCACGCUCCAAGCAAAUAUUCUCAUUCCUCAAUGAUCUUAAGUCUUCUGGGACUAAGGCCGGCAAUUUGAUCGAAGAUGUUCGUGGAUCAGGUCUCAUGGUCGGUGUGCAGUUCGCGAACCCGGAGCUACAACGCGACUCGUCAAACACCGCCGCGCGUAAUGGUCAGAGUCAGCCGCAGAUAGCACCCAAGAUUGUACAGGAGUGUGUCAAGCGAGACAUGCUUCUUCUCAGUACCUCCGUGUUCGACGUACUGAGAUUCAUCCCACCACUCACAAUCAGCGAGGAGGAAUUGAGCCAGGCUUGCAACAUCUUCAAGGAGUCUCUAGAGGCUGUUGCGAAGGAGAUGUAA